AUGAAUCAAGCUUUGCUUUGUAUUCUCCUUCUUGUCAUGCUUACAAGUCAAGCAGCAGCCCAAUGGGGAUAUGGAUACUACGGCUAUCCUAUGUAUAGACCGUGGGGAUAUGGAUAUGGUAUGUAUAGACCGUGGGGAUUUGGAGGAUGGCGUAGAAAUCCAAUAAUGGGAGCGUUGCGAGGAGCGCUUUAUGGUGGAAUGCUAGGGGCAAUGAUGGGAAGAUAA